UGGCGGUGUGUGUCUGUGGGGCGGGUUUGUGCUGAGGGAGCGGCCGUUCCCGCCCUCCCGGCGCGGCCCCGUGCGCGCCUGCGCGCCGGCCGGGGGCGGGGCCGGCGGGGCGGCCGCUGCGGCGCGAUCGCUGCGGGGCCAUCGCGGGAUGUGGCGGCGGGCGGCCGGGCUGCUGCUGGUGUUCGCGGCCGCCACGGCCGCCCUGUGGCUGCUGUCGGCGCGGCUGGGCGCGGGGCAGGCGCGCAGGCCGCUGCGGUUCCCGUCGGACCUGGAGGAGCUGCGGGAGCUGGCCGAGGCGCUGCGGGACUACGAGCGGCAGCACCGCGGCUCGGCGCUGGCUCUGUUCUGCGCCGCUUAUCUCUACAAGCAGAGCUUCGCCAUCCCCGGCUCCAGCCUCCUGGUACGGCCGCGCUGCGGGGGCGGGGAGCGGUGCGGACCCCUCCGGGGAGCCCUGUCCCGCGAAGCCAGCCGGGCCGGGGACACCCCGUGUGUCCCCCGGGCUGUGAGCCGUGUGUGCCCGCAGAACGUGCUGGCCGGAGCGCUGUUCGGGCCCUGGACCGGACUGGCGCUGUGCUCGGUGCUCACCUCGCUCGGAGCCACCAGCUGCUACCUGCUGUCCGGCGCCUUCGGGAAACGGCUCCUCGUCCACUAUUUUCCGGAGAAAGUGGCUCUGCUGCAGGGCAAGGUAGAGGAGAACAGGAGCUGUUUGUUUUUCUUCUUGUUGUUCCUGAGACUGUUCCCCAUGACACCAAACUGGUUUCUGAAUCUCUCAGCUCCCAUUUUAAACAUCCCCGUGUCCCAGUUCUUCUUUUCCGUGCUCAUUGGUCUUACACCAUAUAAUUUCAUCUGCGUGCAGACAGGAGCCAUUCUCUCACAGAUCACCUCUUUGGAUGCCAUUUUCUCCUGGAACACACUGCUCAAACUGCUUGCGAUGGCUGUGGCAGCUUUGAUACCAGGGGCCCUCAUCAAGAAAUACAGCAAGAAGCACCUGAAGCUGGAUGGAGAAGAGCAGACUCAGUUCCUCAAUGGCAAAAAGAGCUUGUGAUGGCUCAGGUGCCCCAGGUCUGUGUACCUGUGGGUUUAUUCUGCAUGCUCUGUGCCACCGUGGACCAAGGACAAUUGCAGUUUUUAAUUGUUCUUCUCAUCUAAGAGGAGGUGUAAGAUUUGUAUUUUUAAUGAAUGUUUAACUGUGCCUGUAUCUGCACGGAAAGCGCUAUACAGGGGCUUUGUGCACACUUCAA